AUGGCAGCUGUAGUUCGAAUGGUACUUUAUGAAGAUGAUUCUGUGCAAGUACAAUAUACCGAUGGUUCCAAAUUGCAGCUUUCUCCCUGUGGCUCUGAAUUUUUAUUUGAAAAGGCACCUCCUGUUUCAGCACACCCUUUAGAACAGCCAGAAAGAAUUCGUCAAAGGACACAGUUUGUUAUUAGCACUUUCCGAAAGCAGCUCCAACAAGCCCUAGAUUUUCGAAACUCUUCUGCCACUUGUCCUUUUCUAUCUGAAAGCAUCAUACCUUCUGAAAGAAAAAAGCGAAACUUCAUUGACAUCUCAGAAGUGAGAUGGCCUGGUCCCGACACUGAUGAUGCCAUGAUGUGUACGGAGAGUGGCACUGUGAAGAUAUCUUCUGUAGAUGGUCAUGCACACCUUUGCCUGCCCAAAGCUCAGCAUGAGUUUACAGUACACUUUUUGUGUAAAGUUAGCCAGAAGCCAGACUUAUCUACGAUAUUGUCAGAAAAAAAUAAUCAAGCCAAAAGGGGCAAACUAAUUGAAAAAGCCGACAAAAACUGUACUUUUGAAAGUUUAUCGGGACAGAAACUAAUGGACAAAGAAAAUGAACUUUAUUGCCAUAUCAAGAAAUCCAGAGAACCUUCUGAGAAGAAGAGCUGUGUAAAUGGAACAGAUGGGCGGGAGGAGAUGCCUUUGCCUAAUACAAAACACACUUGUGUAUACACAUGGGUAAAGCAGUGCUGGUCUGUGGCCGCCUGUCCAGAGGAAUGGAAGUACCCUUUGUCUUUAGCACUUAAUUUUCAUAAGAAAAUCAGUGAAAUGCCUAAAGUUGUUGCAGAUAUCACCCAGAAGAGAGAUUUAGCUCCUGGUGUUUCAGAGGAAAGAGGAGAAGAGGUUUCUGUUCUUCCCAGGGCCCUGUUACUCAGCUGUCCUUCCCCACAUCUGCAUAGGUGGAAUUUCUGGGAUCCAUCUUUACAGAGACAGUUUGAUGAAGAUUAUUCCUAUCCUGAACUAGUGAAAGUGGUUUGGUACAAGGGUAUUACAUAUAGACUUACCCAUAAAAAUGUGAACUCAAUAGAGAUUUAUCCUGGAGAUGGAUCUGUUUUCAAAUCAGAAGGAACUUAUUUUGGUAGUUAUUUUACCUAUUAUCCCAUCCAAGAGGGAUCAGAAGAGAGAGAAGAAAAAACUUACUCAAUAAGUAACCUUCCUCCAGAUAGACCAGGAAGUCUGUUCUCUGUGUCUUUUCUACUUAAACAGGCAACAAGAAUUCUUCAACAUUGUGCCAAGAUAAGGCUUUCUCUAAGCCAUAAUUAUCAUAUAUGCUGCUGGAAAAUGGUACCUGGGAGAAGUGAUAGCAAUAUACUGCCUUUGCUCUUGAGAGAAGCGCUCAUACCUAACGUGGGAAGAUUUCUUGCAUACUCUGAUGACAAAGUGCAUGCUAUCUUUUUAGACGGCAUUACCCUAACCUUAAAUUGGAAUUUCAGCUUUUUCCCUGAAGAAACACAGGUAAAUCGGAGUCUCAACUUCGGUUGGUGUAGGUUAACUUUUCCUGAUGGACGAGAUAAGCUAAUUCAAAUUGAACACCUGGGACCAUAUGAAAGUUAUGUGACAGCAGUAAUGUCAUGGUGCAGAACCCUGACCCAGGCUUGUCCAAGAGAGAUGCCCACACAUCCUUCAUGUUCUGCCCUUGAAGAAAAUUGGUCUGUUGCUUCUGAACUUGAAAAGAUACAGAAGUUUAACUUGUUAUUGGAGAAUAGUGAUGUUUUGAACCAGAUUUCUAAUAAGAAAAACCAGCAGUCUUCUGAUCAUUGCAACCUAAAAUCUUCUGAAACCUUGCUAGAAGAAGUUAAUGAAAAGAAAGUAUUAAUAGCAUUGAAAAAAACCUCUGAAAUUCUUCAGGAUAUUGACUGUCUUUUGUCGAAGUCUAAAAAAUGA